UCUGAGCCCCGGAGAUCGUCACCGCCAACGUGGGUACCUGCGACCCGCAGCCAUGCUGAAACAGAUCCUAUCGGAGAUGUACAUCGACCCCGAGCUGCUGGCGGAGCUCAGCGAGGAGCAGAAGCAGAUCCUGUUCUUCAAGAUGAGGCAGGAGCAGAUCAGGCGCUGGGAGGAAAGAGAAGCGGCCGCCAACAAAGCUCCAGCCGAGAAGCCACCACCGAGAAAAGGCAGCGGGAAGUCGGUGACGUGGAAACUGGGCGCCGACAACGACGUCUGGGUCUGGGUGAUGGGCGAGCAUCCUUCAGACAAACCCUACGCGGCCAUCUGCGAAGAGAUCCAGGCGGAAAGGGCGAAGCGGCUGGCGAGGGAGCGCGGCCAGGAGGGCAGAGAGAUCGACUCUUCCGUAACACGGUCGCUACAACCAGGAGUCCUGGGUGAGACGGAUCUUCAUGGUAAUAAAAGCAGCACCGUGGAGGAAAAGAAGGAAAAGGGGAGAAAAAACACUGCUGCUACCACAGGGAAACCCCAGGAGCUCCCAAAGAGGGAAGCCAGGGAUGUCCACCAGAUGCUGGCUGACUGUCACCUGAGGAAGCACGGCAUCCAGCAGGUGAAGGAGGCAGAGAGGAGAAAUGCAGCAGAAGAGCCCCCGGCCCCCCAGGAGCCGCCGCAGAGCCAGCCCAGCGCCGGGAGCCGCAGCACGCCGCAGAAACCGGACGAGAGCGAGCCCGAGUGGCAGGAAUCCCUGCGGAGAUCCAAGGCGGCGGACGAGAAGAGACGGUCCCUCGCACGGCAAGCCCGGGACGACUACCGGCGGCUGUCGCUGCAGGGCAUCCACCGCGGGAAGCCGGCAGAGACCCCCCGCGCCGGCACCGCGGGGGACCGGCGACCGCUCCUGUACCCGCCUCUCCCCCCGAAACCUAAAGUUCUACCCCCUGCCAUGGCCAACGGGAGAGCGAUCAGAAAAGAGGGAAUCCAGAGGACCAUCUCCAAUUCCACCGAAGAAAGCAUCAUCAGGUGGUUCAAAGAGGAGCAAUUCCCGCUCCGAGCUGGCUACCAGAAAAGCACGGACACAAUAGCACCUUGGUUCCACGGUAUCCUCACCUCGAAGAAAGCAGAGGAGCUGCUGAACAGAACAGCGCCGGGGAGUUUUCUGGUGCGGGUCAGUGAGAAAAUCAAAGGCUAUGUGCUCUCCUACCGGUCCGGGGAGGGGUGCAAACACUUCCUCAUCGACGCCUCCAGCGACUCCUACAGCUUCCUUGGGGUGGACCAGCUGCAGCACUCAACGCUGGCCGACCUCGUGGACUACCAUAAGGUCGAACCCAUCACUUCCUUGGGGAAGGAGCUGCUGCUUUACCCGUGCGGCCAAGAGGACCAAGAGCCAGAUUACAUGUCUCUCUUUGAGUGAGCGCCCCCGUCUCGCCGUGCAGCCCCGUGCCCGCGUUCACAAAGACUGAGCUUCGAAGCAGAGCUGCUGACGUCUACCUGAAACAGCUGCCGUAAGGGCCUCUGUUACAUCCUUCACAGCCAAACGGCAGGGGGACGAGCCCCCUCGUGGGCUUGUCGGAUCAACCAAAUUAAGCCUGGCGAGCAAAGCACCAGGAUGCGUCGCAGAGGUCGGAAGAAGCAAUUCACUGAACAGGGAGAUGCUGCCUUGUAUUGUCUGUGGGGUUCUGCAGAUUUGCUGGGGGACUUGUGUGUUCGAGCUGCCUUUUGUUCUCGAACGCGAAGCUGUGUGCCAUCUGGGAAACAUCAGUAUCCGCAGAACAGAGAUCGCACCUUCCCGACGGCACAAAACAACUCAGAGGUGAAUCGCUCUUGAUAGAGUCAUUUGUAUCAUGUGAAGCUUAAUCCUGUAAAAUGCUGUACCCUCGGAGCCAAGGAUGUUCCAGCCAAACAUCCGAGCAACCCCUUGGUGCCUUCCAGGGAAAGGUGUUCUGUGUGAAGAGGGAUUUGCAUGGAAAGUGCCUUUUUCUUUCACCCCAAGUCCUUUAACUCCUGAAUAUAGAUCCUCACUCUUUUAACCUUUGUUUAAAUCCCACACUGGCCUUUCUGCACAGAGAGGGAUUCAUGUUUUGAAAGGGAGGGGGGCAGGGAUAUGGGAACUUGUUUGAAAGACUUUAAAACAUGCACAAAGCCUAAAGCAAUGUAAAAAGCAGCACCUGUACCAGUAUUAGGACAGUUUCCAGAAGAGUGUUUGCCAGUAAAGAACACUAUUUUCCAAAA